AUGGAAACGCUUUUCUCCUCCCCAGCCCUCUCGCCGGCCGUGUUCUGUAUUCCCAGCCGGCUGUCAGAAGCUUUGACAUGUUUGUGCUCCGACUGCAAACAAGCGAACUCCACGUGUGAAACGGACGGCGCGUGCAUGGUCUCCGUCUUCAACCUGGAUGGCUGUCUGAGUUCCGAAGAUCUGCGUAAUACUCACUGCUGCUACUCUGAUUUUUGCAACAAAAUUGAUUUAAUGGUUCCCAGUGGACACCUGAAAGAUAACGAACCCCCAUCGAGCUGGGGUCCUGUGGAGCUGGUGGCGGUGAUCGCCGGACCCGUCUUCCUUGUGUUUGUCGUCAUGAUCAUAGUAGUCUUUGUUUUUCAUCACCACCAACGAGUCUAUCACAAUCGUCAGCGGCUGGACAUGGAAGACCCCUCUUGCGAAAUGUGCCUGUCGAAGGACAAGACCUUGCAAGAUCUAGUCUACGAUCUCUCCACCUCUGGCUCUGGCUCAGGUUUGCCACUUUUCGUCCAACGGACUGUGGCUCGGACAAUUGUCCUUCAGGAGAUCAUUGGCAAAGGCCGCUUCGGGGAAGUGUGGCGUGGCAGGUGGCGUGGAGGCGACGUAGCUGUAAAAAUCUUCUCUUCGCGUGAGGAGCGGUCCUGGUUUAGGGAAGCAGAAAUAUAUCAAACCGUUAUGCUGCGACAUGAGAACAUCCUGGGAUUUAUUGCUGCAGAUAACAAAGAUAAUGGAACAUGGACGCAGCUCUGGCUCGUCUCCGAUUACCACGAGCACGGAUCUCUCUUUGACUACCUGAACCGAUACACGGUGACUAUCGAGGGCAUGAUCAAGCUUGCCCUCUCUGCUGCUAGCGGGCUGGCCCAUCUGCACAUGGAGAUUGUGGGUACUCAGGGAAAGCCUGGGAUUGCUCACAGAGACUUGAAAUCCAAGAACAUCUUGGUGAAGAAGAACGGCACGUGUGCCAUCGCUGACCUUGGUCUGGCCGUCCGGCAUGAUUCCGUUACGGAUACGAUUGAUAUCGCCCCGAAUCAAAGGGUUGGAACCAAACGAUACAUGGCUCCUGAAGUCUUGGAUGAAACCAUCAACAUGAAGCAUUUUGAUUCCUUCAAAUGCGCCGAUAUCUACGCCUUGGGCUUGGUCUACUGGGAGAUUGCUCGAAGGUGCAACGCAGGAGGUAUCCACGAGGAGUAUCAGCUGCCGUACUACGACCUUGUACCCUCCGAUCCUUCCAUCGAGGAGAUGCGGAAGGUCGUAUGUGAUCAGAAAUUACGGCCCAAUAUCCCGAACUGGUGGCAAAGCUACGAGGCACUACGGGUGAUGGGUAAGAUGAUGCGAGAGUGCUGCUUGAAAAAUUCCAAGUGGAACCCAGAAUCCUGGCCGGCUGUCGGUGUGCGCGGUGGCGUGUGCAUGCGCGAGGUGCGCGUGUCCCUGUGCCUGUUCCUCUCCUUCCGUAGAC